AAGUCAAAAUUCGGAACAGAGACACUUGUUACAGAAUCCAGGAUCCAGAUUACAUCAGUUGUACGAUAAUCUUCUGCUACCGAUUGCGUAGUAUCAAAGCUCCUUCCGACCACCGCCUUCCAGUUCUUUAGGGUCCAGUUCAGUACCGUCCACGGCCUUUUGCGCCACCGUCGUCUACGAAAAACAGAGUAACCGACAACUUGCCGGCGAAACUUCCGACGAUAGGGAUUGGUCAUUUGUGAUGGAUAUGGAAGACGAGCACGGCGGCGGCGGCAGUAGCAGUAACUUGGAUACAGGGAAGGCGGACAGAUCAGUGUGGCUGAUGAAGUGCCCCUUGCUGGUCGCGAAGUCAUGGCAGUCUCACCCUCCCUCUGAUACUCUUCCUCUCGCUAAGGUCAUCCUUUCUCUCGAUCCUCUCCAAUCCGACGAGUCCUCUUCUCUCCAGUUCAAGAUGGAAAUGGCUGGAACUGAGACUGGAAACGUGCCAAAAAGCUUUUCCUUAAAUAUGUUUAAAGACUUUGUUCCUAUGUGCGUCUUUUCAGAGGCAAGUCAAGGUAAGAUGUCAAUGGAAGGUAAAGUGGAACAUAAAUUCGAUAUGAAGCCUCAUGGUGAAAAUCUUGAAAUGUAUGGGAAAUUGUGCCGUGAAAGGACAAACAAGUCCAUGGUUAAGAAUAGACAAAUACAAGUGAUAGACAAUGACCGUGGAGUUCAUAUGAGGCCAAUGCCUGGGAUGGUUGGUUUGAUCAGCUCAACUUCAAAGGAAAAGAAGAAGGUGGCACCAGUUAAACAAUCAGACGUGAAAAGAACUAGAAGGGAUCGUGGGGAACUAGAAGAUAUAAUGUUCAAGCUAUUUGAAAGACAGCCGAAUUGGGCCCUAAAGCAGCUAGUCCAAGAGACUGAUCAACCUGCACAAUUCUUGAAAGAGAUACUGAACGAGCUUUGUGUCUACAACAAAAGAGGGACUAAUCAAGGAACGUACGAGCUUAAGCCCGAAUACAAGAAGUCUGUCGAGGAGACCGGCGGAGAGUAGGUUAGUCUUCGAUUGUAUCAUUUUAUUUACAUAUUCCCUUCUUUUGGGGUAGGUGGAAACGAUCUGAAAUAAAUCUGGAAAUCAAAGAGAGAAGAAGAUUUUGGUUUGUUAUAUUUUCAUGGGAGGGAGAGAUGGGAGGAUGGAAAGAAAAUGGUUCAAAAAUAAUAGCUAGUUAGCUUUAUACUAAAGUGAAGUGAAACCAAAGGUGGAAUGAAAUUUGGGGGAAGUUAUUAUGUCAUGUUUAUCCAAUUACUGUACAAGGUCAGGAGUUGCAAAAUGUAUCUGUAUAAUGAAUCUUACGAGCAUGGGAAGAUGUUGGAAACAGAGUUGUUCAUUGACUUUGAUUCUGGUUAAUUUUUGUAAGAGGAAUAUGGGUUUUGAAAAUCUAUCCUCGCCUAAGAUAUUAAAAUUCUAUGAGUUUUUUGAGAAUUGAAUAUGAGCAUAAAUCUUGCAUCGU